UGAGAAAGGGAGCUAUGGCCAAUGAAUUUGUUGAUUUUAUCUUUUAUCUUCUUUGUUAGUCCUUGUUUUGUGUUUUUCUCUGGCACUGUGCUUUUUAUUCCAAAUUCCCCUUUAAGAUUAAUGCUUUUUACUACCUGGUUGUUUAAUUUGGAAACCAGCCAAUGAAAUAAAGGCUACAUGCAAAGACAGCCAUUUCGGUUUGGAGUGCAUUAUCUUGAGUGCUGUUUGCCUUAUCUCUGGAUGUCCGAGUCUCUUGACAUAUAUGGAUAAAGCCGUCACCCUGCCGCCUGACAAUACAGUCCCAAAAUAAUCUGAGAGAGCACAGCUGAGCGGAGCUCAGCGCCGCUCCGUCGCCUCCACCGCCGCGCUGUGUGCGAAACACUGCCGUGAAAUCUUCCAUCAGAAAUGACGAAAUUCUGCUAUUCUGAAUACUUAUCUCAGUUCCGUAAUGCUGGAGGUAAAUGUAAUAAUGCAAUGUCGCGAAUGCGAGGAGAUACGGGGAGAGGAGACGGUCAGAGCGACGUAACGUCAGAGCCGGAGGAUGUUGACCCGGUGCUCUUUGCCAUCAGGAGAGGGGAUGUGGAGGCUGUUAAUGAUCUGGCAACAUCAGCUCCUCACAGCCUACUGAAGGAGAACAAAGAUGGGUGGAUACCUUUGCAUGAUGCUGCCUACUGUGGACAGGCUGAGUGCUUGAAGACCCUGCUGCGGGUCCAUCCAGGUUCAGUAGACAAACGUACCUUGCAGGAGCAGACGGCCUUGCUGCUGGCUGUGUCUUGUGAACAUUUGUCAUGUGUGCUGUGCCUUCUGGAGGCUGGCGCUGACCCAGACAUCAACAGCAAGAACAAAGAAACCCCUUUGUACAAAGCAUGUGAGUUGGAGAAUGUGGAUACAGUGAACCUCAUUCUCUCUUAUGGGGCCACUGUGAACCAGCGGUGUGGUCAAGGCUGGACAGCCCUCCAUGAAGCCGUAUCCAGGAACAACAUAGAGAUCUGUGAGAUUCUAAUAAGAGCUGGGGCUGUAAUCAAUCCACCUAAUACCUACAGCAUCACACCGCUCACUGUAGCAGCUCAACAAGGACAGAUGAGGGCACUGUGUUACCUGAUUAGAAAAGGUGCAGAUGUGAACAUGCAGACAUGUGAUGGUGUUACAGCCCUGCACGAGGCCAGUAAAAAUGGCCACAAGGAAAUCGUAGCAGUGCUGUUGACUAAAAACGCAGAUGCAAACAAAACCACCAACUCAGGUCUGCUGCCUCUACAUCUAGCUGCCCAGUAUGGACACCACGAGAUUGUGUCCCUGCUUGUCUCAGUGACAAGUCGAGCCCGGCUCCGGCACAGUUGGAUCAGCCCCCUCCACCUGGCAGCAGAGCACAACAGACACACAGUGGCAGCUGUGCUUCUGAAGACAGGUGCAGAUGUAAACGCCACACUGGCCCAUAAUCAUUCCAUUCAGUAUGCCGAUCGGCGCGCGACAGCCCUCUACUUUGCCAUUGCCAACGGCAGCACCAAGACAGCAGAGGUGCUGCUAAACGCCGGCGCUAGUGUGAGCCUGGACCCAGUCAGUCCUCUGCUAAUGGCUGUAAGUCAGGGCUGUGUCAGCACCGUGUCCUUACUGCUGGAGAGAGGGGCCGAUGUCAACGCCAGAAUCCUAUCUUAUGGUACUACGUUCCCUGCUGUAGUUGCACUUUGCAUGAACAAUCUGCCUCUGCUCAAAUGCCUUUUGGACAACGGCUGCGAUGCCCUCUCCUGCUUUAACUGUCCAUACGGCAGUGCCCCUCACCCAGCUUCAGGAGGAUCCCAUAUAAGAACUGUUGGCAGCAAUGGACAUGUCUUACAGAAUGACAGUGUGCUUGCUUUAAACUGCUGUGAGCCAUCAGAAAGAGCAACACAGUUCUGCGAGUGGAUCUCAACACCAGUUAUGUGUCAGUGGGCAGGACCAAUCAUAGACUUGCUGCUGGAGCAUGUUGGUCAUGUUCAACUGUGCAGCAAGCUCACUGAACUACUGGACAGCCGAGAAGAAUGGCUUGCUGUUAAGAGGAAGUCAUUGUCGCCUCGUCCACUGCAGCACCUCUGCAGAUUAAGCAUUCGGGUCCAAAUGGGGAGACGCAGACUGAAAUCUCUCACAAGUCUACCUCUGCCAGACAGAGUGAUCCGAUACCUGAGCCUGACUGACUGACUUUAAGAUGAACUUCAAGCACUAUAUGCAUGAGAAAAUGUGACUAAAUUUAUCUAUUUGUGGUUCUUUUUUUAGUUGUGUCUGAUGUCUUGAAUCUGUACAUAGUCCUCUCAAAGCAGUUCUCUAUGUAUAAAAUAUCUAUUUAUAGCAUAGGUGAUGUGACAAUUAGGUUCUUUAAUCUGUCCCUUAGAGUGUUUUUUUUCACAGAAACCAUCAGUGAAAGUUAAAAAUGAUCUAAAGCCCAAGGGAUUUCUUGAAGGAAGUUGAAUCAUUUAUUUAAAAAUAAAAGCAAUUGUUUCAAA